UGGAACAAUCAGUAGCUACAAGUCCGGAUAAAAUAAUUGAAGAUAUUGGUGGAUGCGGCCGUUUCCAAAUUAGAAUGGGAAUUACAGUACAUGCAACGAAAACAUUUAUUAGCUUCAGCAUUAUGAGUAUGAUACUGAUUUCUGCUACCCCACCUUGGUGGUGUGUUAGUGAAGUCACAUAUUCAAAUAUGACAUCAUGCAUUAAUAGCCCCAACAACACGUUGCAUUGUCAGGAAAAGACAUGUUACUUAAACGGUACAAAAUGUAAACGUUUUCAGUUUGGAGGAAGUGCUAGAACUAUAGUUUCAGAGUUCGAACUUCUGUGUGGUCUUGACUACAUUCCAAGUACCGUAAUGUCUAUGCAGAUAUUUGGAAUGCUUACUGGCGCACUCCUAGCAGGGCAGAUUUCAGACCUAUUUGGAAGAAAACCACCCUACUUCGCUGGUCUCGUUUGCUUAAUGAUCUUCAAUUUGAUAGGCUUUGUCUCAGUUAAUUGGAUAAUGUUUGCAAUUUCAAGGCUUUUCAUAGGUAUAGGCGCAGGAGCAUUUCUUGCCAUACAGUAUUGUAUUGUGUCAGAGUUCUCACUUGCUCGGUGGCGCGCCUGGAUUACUGGUUUUCCAUCCUGGCCUUUACAAUCAUGUCUGUUUGCACUGGUAGCGUGGUUGAUACAAGACUGGCGAUAUAUUCAAUUGUUUUGCUGCUUACUAGGUCUACCCUGCCUUCUUACAUGGUUGUAAGUCAUUCAUAUUUUGCA